GAGAGCGAAGGGUCAGCAUGGCUGGAGAUGGUCGGCAGCCGGUUAUGUCUGUCGUCACCCUGGCAAGCUCAUCACUGCUGUUCUUCGUGGCCUUCGCAUACAUAGCUGUCGUUGAGCGGUCCAGCUCGAACCUGCCAGAUCUGUUGGUGGAGAUCAAGCUUGGAGGGAAAAUGAAAAUCAAUACAGCAAAUGGUCCGAUGUUGCUCAGCGUCGGGAAGCACAUGCAAUGCAAGCAGUGCCACAGUACCGGCUUCACUCAAAAGGGAUUUUCUCAGCUUGCAUCUUGCCCGUGCGAGGUUCCUGUCGGAGGGAUGAAGGACGGUGUCUACUACUCGGGGGUGAUCACUGUGACCAGAGUUGACAAGGAUGAGCCUGACGUCCAAGAAGUUGUGCCGGAGAGAAACGCUGAGCCGAAGGACCUUAACGGCUGCAACACUAAACCACUGCACCUGCGGGUGACGGCCAAGGGAACGUUUUUGGAGGGACUUCCUGUGUAUGCGGGCGAUGCGAGGACCGAGGCGAUGCUGAGGCAGUUGCUAGAAUUUUUUGGGCCUGACAAGCAAAAGGGUUUGGUACUUGAUGGAACACUUACCUGCAAGCAAGAGUGGGACCUCCUGCAUCCGGACUAUCUGAUCCCCAAGCCUGGGUAUCCGUCGGAUGUUGCAGUCAAGAUUCCGUACGGGUCGACGUUGAGGCGUCUGAGGAACAAGCUGUCACCUUUCAAGACCGAAGUUCCAGAAGUUUUGAGACAGACGUAUGGAGAUAGCAAGGAAUCCUCACGGCUCCGCAAAGGAUUGUUGGCAGCAGAACAGAGCCCUUUGUUUCAGAGAGAUGCAGCGCAAUUCCGUAAGCGAGAUGCGCGAGACAACGAAUCUGGGAGGAGUGACGAAGACGUGUCCGGGGAUAGCAGACGUUCUUCCAUGCAGGCGAUGCUGAGGCAACUAGCCAAGAAGGUUGAUCGUAUUCAGAGCGAGGAAAGUAGGAUGGACGGGACGUUGCAACGAGUGAACAACGUCAUGAACUACGCGUCGAAUUGAUUCUUUUGUAUAAAACUUCUAGCCUUCUC